AUGACGACCACUACUGGCGCUCAAGGUUCGCGGUUUUUUCAGGCACUUGGCGUGCCCCCGGUGUCCCGCUGUAUGACAGAAACUUUGCAACUCUCUUGCAGAAAUAGACCCCCGUCAAGUGAUAGACAAGCUGCUGUCUACUUCAGUCAGUCACUUGCCAUUGAUGCUGAGUCUUGUGAUAUUGACUCGAUCAACACGACUUCAGCGCAUGCAAGUAGCCCAGGUUACAGAACGCUUUUAGAAGGGUCGUUGUCUGUCUUUGCGCAAUAUAGCAAACCUCGGAUUACAGCGCAUUUGUAG